AUGGUCCGGAUAUCAAUUGUUUCAUUUCCAUUCCUCUCGUUUCGACUUCUCUUAUGUUUCCCAGUUCAGGAUGAUGCAAAGAAGGCAAUUAUUGAACAGUCACCAGCCUUUAUCCGUGUCCCUGAAGGAGAUUCCAUCAAGAUAACUUGCUUGUUAAAAACCGAUGGCGAAGAAGAAGGGGUUUACUUGAUGAGGCUUCAUGCAGCAGACAACAAAGUGGUUUAUGUUCCAAAGGAUGGAAAUAAAAACACCUUUGACAACUUCGUCAGUCGUAUUGAGACCUCAGGCCCAACAAAGAACUUGACAAUAACCCUGCAGCAGCUACGGCAAAACGAUUCAGAUUUAUACUACUGCCUCGGUCUCAUGCACGACGCUAACUUCCAAACUGGGAAGGGAACGGGAACCUUAGUAAUAGUUACAGAUCACAAUAAAAUUACUGAAAAGUUGGAAGCCCCUAUCAGUGGCCAGAAAGGAGACUCCGUCAAUAUAACGUGUGUGACAGAAACUAAGGGGAAGGAUGUAGCGGUCUACUUGAUGAGACAAUAUGUAGAUCCCAAGAAAGUGAUUUAUAUUCCAAGUAAUGGAAAUGCAAUCAUCUCUUCUGCAUUCACCAAUCGCAUUGAGUACUCAGGUCCACCAAAGAACAGGACAAUAACUCUGCAAGAGCUACAGCAAAAUGAUACGGAUGUAUAUGUAUGUGUUAGUGUUGUGCUUACUCCCAAUCUCUAUCUUGUGAAAGAAAUGAGUACCAUCAUGGUGGUUACAGAUGUAUCGCACACACAAAUGAAGAGUGCUCAUUGUGGGCUGGCUUCCUGGGUGCCCUAUGUGCUUGUCGUCUCCUUGGUGUUGACCUUGACUUCCCUAGCUGGCUGUAUCUUGCCACGUGUCAAUAUCAAGAAAUACUUCCAAAAUGAACCAAAUGCAGUUUAUGAAGAGAUGUCCUCCAGCCAUAGACACCGGGUGACAGCCAUAGACAACCCUUAUGAUAAUUGCAAGUAGGUUCCUGACAGCUGGAAGUAUGCACACAUCAACAGCUCCUAUUCCAUGUCUCAUUAAGGGCUUCUUGCUUUUCAGCACUGCAAGUCAUGCUGCACUGGAACUGACCUUUAUUCUUAAAAAAACCCUGUUUUUUCCUAUGUUAUUUUAUUAACUUCCUAUGUUAUUCCUGUUAUUUUAUUAACUUCCGAUUUUGCUGUUUCAACCUCGAGAUUGCUUGAAAUGAAACGGCCGGUGAAAUUUUGCACAGCCCUACAAAGUACAUUCAAGUCUUGUACUA